GCAGGGCAGGGCUGCAGGACAGUUCACAGCUUCACAGGAUGGGGCCACAGGUGCCCUCAGUGCCUCCUGCCCUCUGGGUCCUGGGGUGCCUUGUCCUGCUCCUCUGGCUGUGGGCGCUGUGCACAGCCUGCCACAGGAAGCAGGUGCAGAGGCAGCGGGCCGGGCUGCAGGGCAGUGUGGUGCCAGCGGAAGCGGUGAGUGCCAGGCUGCCCCAGGGCCAGGGAGGGGCCAGCAGGGGACCGACCAGCCUUCCUUGCCCCCAGUCACUGCUGAGACGACCCCACCUCUGCUCCCUCAGCAAGUCAGACACCAGACUACACGAGCUGCACGGGGGCCCUCGUCGCAGCAGAGCCCCAAGGCCUGUCAGCAUGGAUCUCCUGCGCCCACAAUGGCUGGAGGAGUCCAGAGACACCACCAGGCCUCUGGCAGCAUUCUCACACCGGGAGCUGCCUCAAGCACCCUCCAUCAGCCCCGAGGCCACCUAUUCCAAUGUGGGGCUGGCUUCCAUUCCCAGGGCCAGCCUGGCAGCCAACCCUGUGGUGUGGGCAGGGGCACGGCUGACCAGCCGCUGUGCCAGGCCUAGGCCUGAGGCCAGACCCAUGGUGGCUGAGUAUGCUUGCAUCCAGAAGCUCCAGGGAACAGGUCUGGGUCCCCAAGCCGUGGAGCAGGGGAAGGCCCAGGUGACCCCAGCCGCUCAGGUGGACAUCCUGUACUCCAGGGUCAACAAGUCUAAAAGGAGGAACCCAGGACCUGCUACACACCAGCCAGAGCCCAAGGGUGGGGGAAGGAUUCUGGCUCUGGGGAGUGACCUGGCCUAUGAGGCCCUCCCACUCACGGGCCAGGGCGUGGACAACAGUUGCCCAGAAAACGUGUAUGAGAGCAUCCAGGAGAUAGGAGCCCCUGAGCACCUAGAGACCCUCCCACCCCCCACCCCCCGCUCUGGCUAUUAG